AUGACAAAAACAAAUGAUUUUCAGGUAUCUCAAUAUUGUUUUGCAACAUGUAAUUAUCGUGAAAGAAAAUCCAAACCAACUGAAACGAUGCCACUUGAAGGUUAUACUAUUGAUUAUGCUGAACCUGAUAAUGGUUUAAUAAUGCAUGAUGGAAAAUAUUUUCUUAAAGCUGUACGUGAAGGUGAUGUUGUUACAUUUGCAACAAAUGAAGAAAAUGAACGACAUAGUUGGGUACAAGCAUUAUAUCGUGCUACUGGUCAAUCACAUAAACCAACACCAAUAACACAAAUUAAUAAAUUAAAUUCAUCACAGGACAAAAAGAUCUUUCAGGGUUGGUUAAGUCCAAUACAAAGUUAUGUACUUGAAGAAUAUUGUUCUCGAUAUGGUGUUCGUGGUUGUUUAAGACAUCUUUAUUAUUUAAAUGAUUUACUUGAUAGAGCUGAACAAGAAUUUAUGAUUGAUCCUCAAUUACUUCAUUAUAGUUAUGGUUUUUGUACAUCUCAUGUUUCCGGAAAUCGACCUGAUAAUAAUGUUUCAACAAUAACUAUGGAAAAAAGAGAUCGAUUUAUUGAAAUAAAAGAACGAUUAAAACAAUUUCUUGAAAAUCAAGUUACUAAUUUUAGAUUUUCAUUUCCAUUUGGUAGACCCGAAGCAGCAUUAAAAGCAACAUUAAGUUUACUUGAAUGUGUUCUUUCAAAAGAUAUCUCAAUACCAAUAUCUCGUGAUGAUAUACGAAAUUUUAUUCGAAAAUGUCUUGAAAAUGCUGCAUAUUCAAAUUAUACACGUGUUUCAGAUCAAGCCAAAGUUGAAGCUGAAUUAUGUAUUGAAUUAUUACAACAAGAUAGUGAACAUUAUCAAGAAGCAUUUAAACAAUAUAAUGAUUUAUUAAUUGAACAUGAAGAAAUUUUUUGGUCUUUAUUUGCUGUUAAUAUGGAACAUGUUAUUGAUCAACAACCUAUUGAAAAUACAUUAUCAAAUAGUCGAUUUCAUCAACAAUUACGUGAUACAUUUGCUCCAUUAGUUAUUCGAUAUAUUGAUCUUAUUGAACAUGUAUUGCACAAUCAAUUCAUAAAGGUUUUGAAAAAGAAAAUUGGAAAUCAAAAACGUAAUCAGUUGUUUUUUUAUUUGGUUUAA